GUUCAGUCCACAACUGAGGAGCAUUAUUACAAUGUCUUACAGACAGACUAAGGAAGAGCUGGAUGCUGAGUUUGAGAAGUUCCUGCAAGAGUCUGUUUCAGAUGACUCAGUGGAUUUAGGCAGCCCUGACAAGCAGCCCAAAACUAGAAGCAGCCAGAAAUCCAGUCAGAAACCGACAGUUUCAUGGUGGCAUGAUGAUGAAAACAACAGUGGAGUCAGAAGUGAUUCCCAUCGUAAGCCUCCAAGCAAGGCUCUGGAUUCACACAACAAAUUUGACAAGAUUCUCACAGCAAAGACUUUGGAUGUUUCCCAAAGUCUGGAAAGAGACAGAGCUUCACCAGAAAGUCAAGUCAGUCCCACUCAUGAAACCCACCAGAAGAUUCCAGAGAGGUGUCCUGAUGAAGCCAAAGGCAUUCCAGCUGCCAACACUGAUGGUGCACUCCUCCAGGGAAGCAUUGACGAAUCAUCAAAGACACUAGGUGGAAACAUGAGCGCUAUGGGCUUGGACACUCUAGAGGAAGAGGAGGAGAAAGCCAGGUUCUUUGCACAGAUAGAGGCAGGAGCUUCAUCAGCUAUAGAUUAUUCUAAGCUGAACAGAGAGUUGGAUUCAAGCCGUUCUACCUUUGCCACUGAGCUCAGGAAAGAGGAUGGGCCAUCAGUGGAGCCUUCUGCUACAGCAGAAGCUGUGAGAGAGUCUUCAGCCUACUCUGGCUCCCCACAAAACAGCGAAGAGUUUGAAGAUGAGGAUGGCAUAAAAGAGUCGCAAACGAAGAACUCUAAAUUGUCCACAGCUCUUGCGAGAGGUCAGUUAUAUGCACAGAGAGGAGGGUCAGAGGUGGAGGAUCUUCAGGAAGCAUACAGACAGAUUCCCUCUGUGAAGGGCUGCGAUGGUCACCGCUGUCUCCCUCUAGAGGAUGAAGGGAGGACCGACAGGCCAGUCUCUCCACUGUCUCUUCCUCAGCAUGCUCAGCAGUCUCUACAGCCUUUUUCUACCAACGACUCAGAUUUGCCCACAGCAGAGGAGCUGAUGAGGCCUAUACGAGCAGAAGACCACACCAGAGGCUUUACUCUGCCUGUCAGUCAGGAACUGAGGAUGUUCCCACGUGUGACUCCGUCAGAGCUGGACCUGGAGCAGCCUGGACAGAGCUACUCUAGAACCACAGAACCACCCAACCUUGACCUGACCUCCAGUAUCAAGAAGGAAGUGGAAGGACUGAUGCAGGAACAGAAUAAACAUUUUCCCCAAACUCUGUCACUGGUUGGCAACACAAAAAAAAAAACUACAUCCAAGGGCUCCUCUGUGUUCCUUUCCUGCAUGCUGUCUGAAAGGAAGCUUCCUCUCACUCCGUCCAGAGGCAGGUUCGGGGACAGCAAGGCAGCUGGGAAGAUGAGCAAAGCUGCUCCCACACCCAAAACCCCCCUCUCAACAAACAAAUCCACAAAAAAACAAGAACAAGAUAGCGGAGGGUGUGUAUGGCCAGCAGAGACAGGUGUGAGGGUGAGCAGUGAGCUGGUGGCGUCCGUUCAGUCCCUGGUGGCUGUUCUCGAGCAGCAGAUACACACCAGCAGUCUCCGUCAUGCUGUGCCUCAGGACUGUAGCUGUACACAAGCCCAUCCUCAGUUCGCAGACAGUUCUGCGAUUGAGGCAUUAAGAGCACAGCUGGCCCACAAGGAAAAGGAGCUGCAGAUGAUGAAGGAUGAUGCUGAGCACGUCAACUCACUGAGACAACAGAACUACCUGCUGCAGAGCAAGCUGCGCAGUGCAGAGGAAGCCAAUCAGAGGAGAUGGCUGGAGACUGCAGAUCCUGCCACUGAGGACAAAAUCCAGCUAAUAGAGAAAGAAAUGAAAGAGCAGGAGAUGCUCAUCAAAGGUUACCAGCAGGAGAAUGAGAAGCUGUAUGUAGAGAUGAAGGCUGAGCAGAGCAGGAGUAAAGCCAAUCAGGAGGCCAUGUUUAACGAGAACCAGGGGCUGCUCAGCCAGCUGGCUGUCACAAGGGAGCAGCUGAGAAGAAGCUCCAGGCCUGUGAGCAACGUGUGCGCCAUGGAUCACACUAAACGCAUCUCUGACUUGUUGGCUCAAAUCAACACCUGCCAGCAGAACGAGGCCAGGCUGUGUGAGGAGAACAGCAGGCUGGAGCAGGAGAAUCAGUCCCUGCAGGUGGAGCUGCAGCUGAUGAAACAAGAGCAGCAGCUGGCCAAAGCGCAGACCUUCUCUACCUCAGGGGGAGAUGAGAUAUCUGAGCUGCAGGACCUGCAGCAGCAGCACAGGGAGGAGGUGGCCGCUCUCAAGAACAAGCUACAGUGGUUUGCAGAGAACCAGGAGCUGCUGGACAGAGAUGCUGGCCGGUUAAAAGCAGCAACAGCUGAGAUACUCCAACUCAAAGAACAGGUGGAAAACCUGAAGAGGGAAGUAGGCAAAAGAAGCAGCGAUGUGCAGAGGAAGGCCAGAGACAGACCUGCAGACACAAAGAGAAUGCAGGAUCUGCAGCAGCAGGUGAAGGAAUUAGAGCAGAUCCUGAGAAGCAGGAACCCAAACUCGCUACCAGCCCUCAUCUAUGCUGCAGCCACAGCUGCUGGUGGGGAGAAGGCCACCUCCAGCGGGACGCACCCCCCCAACACAGUUAACGUUCUGCUGGAGCGCAGGAUUCAGCGGCUGGAAUCUGAGCUGGAAAGUCACGAUGAAGAGGCCAAGCGAACCCUGAGAGCCAUAGAGCAACAGUUCCACCAGAUCAAGCUGCGCUACGAGCAACAGAUAUGUGAACUGGAGCAGCAGCUGGAACAAAGACAGCCGCCCGCAGCAGUGGCGGAGGUGGGGUCAGAUGCAUGGAUGUGUAAAUGUCAGGUUCUGGAAGAGGAGCUGCGGCGGGUCCAUGACAGGCACCAGCAGAAAGGCAAACGUUUGCAGGACCAGAUAGAGUCUCUUCAGCAGCAGCUCAAACACAAGGCACAGCCGAGUCCAGGGCGACACCAGCACCAAGCUGAGGCGGCAUUUGGAGGCCGGAUCGAGUGGCUGAACCAGGAGCUGGCCACUAAGAGCCGCAGCAUUCAGGAGCUGAGCCGGACCGUAGAGAGGCUGCAGAGGGAGCGCAGGAGCAUGCUGACUAUGCCUCGCCAGCAAUCAGAGAGCCAUUCAGCAUUGAGCAGAGCCCAGGAAUCUGCUGCUGCAGCAGAUAGCACACAGGCAGGAAGAUUUCCUGCACCUCAGUAUGAGAAGACUUACCAGCCCUCUGUGUUCACAGGAAGCCAUGUCUCUGAGCUGCAGCAGGAGAACGAGGCUCUAACUCGGCAUGUGGAACUACUUCAGCAGCAGAGUAAGCAGGAGAAGGAGGAACUGAAGGCCAACGCUGUUCAGUCAAAGGAGGAACUGUGCAGGCUGAAAGAAGAAUUUGCAGAGCAGCUCUCCUGUGUGAAGGCUGAAUACCUCAGGGUGUUGGAGCGUCUGCAAGCCACCCAUGCCCUGGAGCACUCAUCCUCCCAGGUGGCAGAACUGAGCAAUAAGCUCAACAGCCAGGAGGUAGCAAUGAAACACCUGCAGCAGCAGCUGAAGGAGCUGCAGAAAUGUAAAGAGGCUCUCUCCAUCUCCAGGCGCAGAGAAGAAGUUUUACAGAAGCAGUUAACCAGGCUGCUGCAGGAGCUGAAGGAAGCUAAAGAAGCUCAGAGCUCUGAGGUAAAACUUCUGUGCAGUCUGGAGAGGAAGAUCAUUAGCAUGGAGCUCAGACAUGAGCAUAGAGAGGAGGAGCUGCAGCAGGUUGUUGCCGAAACAUUUCAGAUGUCAACAGCUGACCUGCAGUCAGAAGUGGAGCGGUGGCGGCGCCUGGCUCAGGACAAGAGCAGAGAACUGGAUGCUUUCCGCUCAGAGCUGGACUCCAUACUGGACAUCCUGAGACAUCUGCAGAAACAGGGCGCUGUCCUCCCCGCUCUUGAACCUGGGCACACAGCCCGUCUCCUAUAGAGACCAUGGAAACUUCACCUUGCAGAGUUUGCACUGUAAUGUUAGCCAGCACAUAGAAUCUGUUCUGUUCUCAGCUCAGUGCUUCUAACAGACAGGCAUUUUCAGGUUUUUGUAUCCAAUUUAAUAUUUAUUUUAAAAAAUAAUUAUAAUGCGCACGUGUAUGCAGCCUGUUGCGGUUACUCCUCUCAUUGUUUUAUUUUUAUAUUUUAAAUAAUUUUCAAUAAUUUUAUUUCAUUACCUUAUUUUACUUUGCCAGAAGAGUAUCUUCAACAAUGUUGACUAAAAAAGUAAUCUUUUUCUUCAUUGUUGAGAUACUUUUUAUACUCUGCCGAGCGCAACAACUUGGCCACAGGGAUCAGCUGAUAGCGCUGAAACAAGCAGGUGUUCUGUUUGUCUGUGCUACCCAUAAAUCCGUGGCACUGCCAAAGGCUAGAUUUCAGCCUGAUUUAGUCAUUUCUUCAUUUUGUCUUUCGUUGUAAACCUCGCAGAAGUGCGCACUGCAGAUCACCAUGUUAGUUGAGACUGUUUUUGGUGAAUUAUCACCCAAGGUAAAGUGUUUUUUCCGUGCUGAAAAUUGUUGAAUACCAUGUCUUCAAUACAAUUAGACAUAUGCUUGUCUAUUAAGUGCUUAAUAAGUAAAAGAUCUAAAUUAAACUUUGUAACACUCCA